CACGAACUGCCCAAUGGCUCGGAAGCCCCAAUCGCGUACUUCUCAAAGACUAUGUCCGGCGCAGAACGGAACUAUAGCCAGCUGGACAAAGAAGCCCUGGCCAUCGUGGCUGGAGUGAAGCGCUUCCACGAAUACCUCUACGGAAGAAGCUUCACCAUAGUCACAGACCACAAGCCUCUCCUGGGACUCCUCGCAGGCGACCAACCAACCCCGACCUUCAUGUCCCCGAGAAUGACGAGAUGGGCAAUCUUCCUAGCGGGCUACUCCUAUAGGCUCGUGCACCAGCCAGGCACAGCCAUAGGAAACGCCGACGCCCUCAGCAGAUGCCCGUCGAAGAAGCCGGUCGAAGACCCAGCCCCCACACUCCACCUACUGCACAUUGAUGACGACGCCAGCUGCCCGGUGUCAUCCGCAGAUGUGGCCGUCCACACCCAAAAGGACCCCACACUCCGCACAGUGAAAUCCUGGAUCCUCAGAGGGUGGCCGUCGGGAAAGCCAGAGGAAAGAUUCAGCCCGUUCGCCAGGAAACAGGAGGAGCUGUCCACCAUGAAGGGCUGUCUGCUAUGGGGAGACAGGGUGCUGAUUCCAAGCACUCUGCAACGGCGAACGUUGGAGACCUUGCACAAGGGGCACCCGGGCAUCGUCCGCAUGAAGGCACUGGCACGGAGUUAUGUCUGGUGGCCCUCCAUGGACAAAGACAUUGAACAAUGGGUCUCCAGAUGUGACCCGUGCCAAGAAGUUCGCCCAGCGCCGCCGCAAUCCGAGGUCGCGAAGUGGGAGACCCCCGGCAACCCCUGGUCGAGGGUCCACAUUGACUUCGCGGGUCCGAUGCAGGGGCGACACCUCCUCAUCGUGGUAGAUGCCUUCUCCAAAUGGCUCAAGGUGGUGCCCAUGGCAUCUACCACAACGGACGCGACGAUCCGAGCCCUGCGCCGUCUCUUCGCCACUCAUGGUCUACCGGAUGUGCUGGUCUCAGACAACGGCCCCCAGCUCACAUCCUUGGCCAUGGAAUCCUUCCUGGCGGGACUGGGCAUCCGCCACGCCCUGUCCGCCCCUUACAGGCCGGCCGGAAACGGACAAGCGGAACGCAUGGUCCGACUGACCAAAGAGGCCCUCACCAAGAUGGGCCCGGGGGACUGGCAAGAGCGCAUAGACAAUUUCCUCCUCACCCAGCACAUCACGCCACACGCCACCACCCACAAGAGCCCGGCCGAACUGUUGAUGGGCAGAAGGUUGAGGUCACCCUUGGACCGGCUGCACCCCCAAUACAGCCCGGAAGUGACCGCAACCGCCAGCCGCCCGCUUCGCGCCUUCAGCAACGGAGAUUCAAUUUUCGCGCUGAACUUCAGCGGCUCUCCUAAGUGGCUGAAGGGGAAGAUUGCCAGCACAACCGGCCCCAAAUCAUACAUCGUCGAGUUGGAAGAUGGACAGUUCGCGAGACGUCACAUCGACCAACUCCGAAAAAGGUGGGGAGGAGCGCAUGAAAACCAGCCUGACGAGGGAGGCCUACAACACCCCGAUGAGGUAGACCUCCAACACCCCAGCGAGGUAGGCCUACCACACCCAGACCCGGUAGGCCUACAACAACCCGGCGAGGUAGGCCUACGACACCCCGACGAGGUAGGCCUACCACACCCCUGCGAGGCAGAGCAGCACCACCCCGUCAAGGUCGGCCCAGCCCACUACCAGAUGCUGUCACGCCGGCAGCCCAGCGAGGUAGACCGGGGCCAACCGCACGGAGGAUGGCAACAACAACCCAGCCAGGUGGGCACCGGGCACAGCAAGGCCAGGGACCACCAACCCAGCCCGCAGGUAGACCGGGACCUGCCCAGAGGAGGAGCAACGCACCCCACCAGUGACAGCAGCCCAUGCCAGCCCAGCCAGGGAGACUGCAGUUCAAGGCGAGUAGGCCUGAAUGCUGACUGA